CCGUCCCUCAUCGUCACACCACGGUCAUGUCAGACCACAACGCCGGCAUUAUGGCGCGCAAGGACCUGAAGACGCUCGUGCCGCAGCCUAAAAUGUACAAGAAGCCUCCGUUCACCGCCGAAGCACCUGGCGUGCAAAAGGUUGACGGCGAAACGGUCCCUCGCCGCAACAUCCGGACCAAGGACCAGCUGAAGAACACGCCAAACCCAGACGUGUGCACCAUUUUCGACAUUGUGACACAAUCGAGCAAGAAGUACGGCAACGCAAAGGCGCUCGGCAAGCGCCGGCUGAUAAAGCUGCACGAGGAGAACAAGAAGGUGAAGAAGCUGGUCGAUGGCCAAGAGAAGGAGGUCGACAAGAAGUGGACAUACUACGAGCUGUCGCCAUACGAGUACUUGUCAUUCACAGAGUACGAGCAGAUGGUUCUGAAUGUCGGUUGUGGUUUCCGCGCGCUCGGCAUGAAGCCGCAGGACCGCGUCCACAUCUUCGCCGCCACACACCCAUACUGGUUGGCCACGGCGCAUGGAGCUCAGAGCCAGAGCAUGCCCAUUGUCACCGCCUAUGACACGCUUGGAGAGGAGGGUCUCAAGCACUCUCUUCAGCAGACCAACGCCAAAGCCAUCUUCUUGGACCCGCAUCUCCUCACAAAGCUCGUCAAGCCGCUGAACGAGUCCAAAGACAUACACUAUGUCAUAUACAACGACGAUGAUGCGCCCACGAAGCAGUCUACUCCAGAGCAGACCAAGGCGGAUGUUGAGAAGCUCAAAGCAGCUCAUCCCCACUUGACCGUCUACAGCUUCACCGACUUCAUCGAGCUCGGCAAGCAGAACAAAGUCGAGCCCACCCCGCCUUCGCCAGAGGAUCUCUGCUGUAUCAUGUACACCUCUGGCUCCACUGGAGCGCCCAAGGGUGUGAUGCUCACACACAAGAACGUCGUGGCCGCCGUGACUGGUGUGGAUGUGGUAGUUGGCGCAUACCUCGGUCCCGGAGACGGACUGCUUACAUAUCUCCCUCUUGCGCAUAUCUUGGAGUUUGUCUUCGAAUCUGCUUGCUUGUGGUGGGGUGGCUCUAUGGGCUAUGGCAACCCCAAGACCAUCUCCGACGCGUCCAUGCGCAACUGCAAGGGUGACAUUGCCGAGUUCAAGCCCACCAUCUUGGUGGGUGUGCCUGCAGUCUGGGAGACUGUCAAGAAGGGAGUCAUGGCGAAGGUUGAGAAGCUCAACCCAGUGUCCAAGAAUCUCUUCUGGGGAGCAAUGAGUGCGAAAACUUUCAUGAUGAACAACGCUAGCUACCUGCCACUUUCAAGUGUAGGCACUAACAUUGUGGACAACGUUGUCUUCAAAAAGGUUGCUGAAGCCACUGGUGGCAGGCUUCGUAUCUGUCUGAACGGUGGUGGUCCCAUCGCCAAGGAGACACAACGCUUCAUUUCCAUGUGCAUUGCACCAAUGAUUUCUGGAUAUGGUCUCACCGAGACGGCGGCCAUGGGAGCGAUUAUGGACCCUCUUGCAUGGACCGACCAGGCACUUGGCGAGAUUCCAGGUUCUGUCGAAGUGAAGCUCGUUGACUUCCCGGAUGCGGGCUACCACGCUACCAACAAUCCACCACAAGGCGAGAUUUGGAUUCGUGGCGCCGCUGUGGCAUCUGGCUACCUGGACCUUCCCAAGGAGACUGAAGAAUCCUUCACGAGCGAUGGCUGGUUCAAGACCGGCGAUAUCGGUGAAUUUGAUAGCCUCGGCCAGCUGAAGAUCAUCGACCGCAAGAAGAAUUUGGUCAAGACUCUGAACGGCGAGUACAUUGCGCUUGAAAAGCUGGAAUCUGUCUACCGAUCGACCAAGAUUGUCCAAAACAUCUGCGUAUAUGCUCAAUCGGAUAAGAACAAGCCCAUUGCGAUUGUUGUGCCAGCAGAACCAGCACUCAAGCAAUUGGCCAGCGAAAACGGGAUUGAAGGUCAUGGUAUCGAGGACUUGGCUCACAACAAGAAGAUCAACAGUCUCGUACUCAAAGCCAUGCAGGAUACUGGUAGGAAGCAAGGUCUUGCUGGCAUUGAAAUCAUCGAGGGCGUCGUUCUCACCGAUGAGGAGUGGACUCCACAAAGCGGACUUGUCACCUCUGCCCAGAAGCUCAACCGCAAGGGCAUUACGGAAAAGUACAAGAAUGACAUCAAGAAGGCUUAUGGUGGCAAUUAGAGCAGUGGCAAAUAAUGUAUGAUACCCCCCUCACUCACUCCAAAUUUGGGGAAUUGCCCAUUAUUGCGUGUGGACGCUCUAGAACAAUGAACGUCCAUCUGACCUCGUGGGGAGGCAAGAAGUAACGAUGAGGAUACGACCAAGCGUGCAAGCAAGCGGGCGUUCGAAUAUUUCUUUUGAGAAAAUGGUAGAAACCCCGGCGGACAUGUUGUGUUUAGUCCCUUGGCAUAAUUGAAUUGAGAUUUUCUCUUUUUCCUUUUUUGAGAC